CUCCAGAUACCAGGAUGGCCUCUAACCACACCAAGGACUGGUUCCAGCAGCUGGACGUGAUGUUGAGGCUCCUCAACGGUACCCUCUCCUGCGUCGAGCCGUGUGCCCAGCUGGGCAAGGCCGACCGGGAGGGAAAAGAUACGUACGCCUACAUGUACAUCGUUUUCAUGAUGCUCCUUUUCGCCUUGACGGUGGGCAGCCUGAUCCUGAGCUACACCCGAUCCCGAGAGGUGGACAAGCCCAGCGACCCCUACCACAUGUACAUCAAGAACCGAGUGACCAUGAUUUGAAGGCAGGGGACGAGAAGGAGGCCCAGCGCUCCUCCCGGGCUUUUCGGUCAGCAAGGAAAACUGUGCCGAGUCUCAAACUCAGGACUUGGGGAUUGUCUACGUCCUGAGGCACGGAGGGGGAAAACAUUAAAACCUGGGGUUUUUUUCAAAGCAGGGCCUGCAAAGAAGCCACGGGGGGGGGGGGUGGCUGACGUGACCUGCCUUAAACGACCAGUUUAUAAAGUUUUGUAAAGUUUUUUUUUAAACUUUCCUAAUGGUUAACUUUAUCCAUCUGCCUCUUCCUAUCCAAUAAACCAGUUGGAAGGCAUGAAGGGUUGGAUCUGUUUGGAAUGGAAUGGAAUAGAAAAGAAAAAAUAAUAGAAAAGAAAAUAGGAAAUAGG